AUGACCAAAAAUCCGACUAAACGCCAAACCAGGAAGAGGAUCGAUGGGGCCACGGCUGAAGGCGAACAGGAUACGCAAAAGGAGAAGAAGUCGGGCGGGAAGAGCCAGAUGGGCGCCGUCAGCCGUCAGAAGUCUUCGAUGACCACGGAGAUGGACAUGACCACCGACGACGAGACGCAGAGGCAGAAGCGCCAGAGCAGUCGUCAGUCGAAAAAGGUGGGGGUGAUGGGGAUGUGCAAGGAAUUCGACGAGAUCAAGGCCUACACGGCACCAGGCGCCACGUCCGACAUUGGGGCCAAGCAUCCGGAGAAGAAUCGAUAUGCUGACAUCACUUGUCUGGAUGCCACGAGGGUGGUCUUGCGAGAUGACGUCGGCAAUUAUACCUCGGCUGACGGCGACUACAUCAAUGCCAACUGGGUCACUGCCGAAGACCUCGACCGGAAAUAUAUCGCUUGCCAGGGCCCAAAGCCCGAGACCAUCGAAGAUUUCUGGCGUAUGGUGUAUCAGGAGUCUGUGGUCAGCGUCAUCAUGAUGUGCCGUCUGGAGGAAGGGGGCAAAAUCAAGUGCGCCGACUACUUUCCCACCAAGAGCGGCGACUACAAGAACUAUGGGAAAAUGUUUGUCAACAACAAGAAGGUUGAGAGCGAGGACCGCUUUGACACGUACACCCUGGAGGUGUUGCCGGAUGCACCCCUAUUCCAGGCCAAAAUGCUGGCGGGCAAAUACGCCGCGGAUAUGAGGCGCUUUAUCAAGGACAUCGGCGAUAUGGACCAGCCGGGGAAGAGC